CGUGCUCCAAACCAGAUGCUUAGGAGCCAUAAACAACCUCCAGACAGGGGAAGAAAACCUCAAACACACACACACACACAUGCACACACACUCACAUACUGAAAGAGAGAAGACAUUGAUUAGAGCUCUGUUCAUUUCAAGGUUUAGUUCUGCAUUUACUUCCACUUUUGUUGAUGGUCCUGUACAUGAGAAGAAGCAGGCAGGAUCAUGGCCCUGAAUCAUGGAGUGUGACAUUGAACUUUACAAACAUUUUACUUGGCUUAGAAAGGUCAACCUGCAAGCGCUGGGAAACAACGAGAGCUAUCAAGAACGGCUCUGUCGACUCGAGGGAGAUAAAGAAUCACUCGUGUUACAGGUGAGUGUGUUGACAGACCAAGUGGAGGCUCAAGGAGAGAAGAUCAAGGUCCUGGAGAAUUCCCUUGAAGAGCACCAGCACAAGCUGAACUCUACCGAAGAAAUGCUGCAACAGGAGCUACUGAGAAGAACUGCGCUCGAGUCGCAGAAACUAGAUCUGACGGAUGAGGUUUCCUAUCUGAAACUGAAGCUGGUGAGCAUGGAGGAGAGGCAGAAUCACAGUGCGGAGAGACAACACAAAGCUGAGAGCGUAGUGAAUCUGAUUAGCGAGCUCCAGGAGCAGAUGUGCAGGAUUCAGCAAGAGCUCUUUUGUAAGAUCCAGGAGAAAAAAGCCGCUGAGAUCCAGGAGGAUGGAAACACCGAUGCCGACGCUUUAAUGAGUGAAUCAGUCGGGGCUGAGGAAAUGAGUGUGGAGGAGCAGAGCUCUGGAGUUUUAGGUGCUGAGGAGCUCUGUCACUGUGGGAGAGAAAGUAGCUUGCUCCAGGAACUGAGGUUGCUCAAAAAUAAAGUCGAAGAACUUGAGGAUGAAAAGUCCCAGUACGAGAGAAAACUCAAGGCCACAAAGGCAGAAAUUUCAGGCCUUCAGCAUCUUCUGCAGUGUAAGAAUGCAGAGAUCGAGAACCUUCAGGCCCAGCUCGUAUCCAGAUCCCCUGUGUCCAUUGACAAUUCAGAAAGAGAGGAGUUAUACAGGAGACGGCUCAACACCAAACAUCAAGAGCUUCUAAAAUUAAAAGCUGGAAUGGAAUUAUUAAUUGCAGCCAAUGAUGAAAAGGAUCGCCGUAUAGAGGAGCUUUCUCUUCUCCUGAGCCAUUGCAGACAAUUCAGAGACGGCAAGCCUUUAUUUCAACAGACAUCCACAGCACAAGUCAGCAGUGAGGAUGAAGAGCAAAGUGCAGCAGUGAAGACAAAAGCUCUCACCGUUAAAGCUCACUCGGAGAUGCUGUCUGGUGGAUCAUCUCCGCUUCUUAUAUGCAAAAAAACUGAUCCGAAGGAAACAGAAAGCAGUUUACAGAUGAGAAAUCUGUCCAGCAGCCACGAAGAUCUGAAAAGUGAAUCAACCCAAAAGAAUCUAACCGGGACUCCUGUAGAUCCUGCUGGCUCAGAUGAGGGGUCUCCGUCCAAACCAGAGAAUGGGAAAUGCAUCCUGAUGGACGGUAAUAAGAGCGAUGGCUCGGAGCCGAGGUCUCUGGAAGACAGCCAGGACGGAGACGUUAACCAGAGAAAGACAGAGAGAACAGAAGAGCCGAGAGCUUGCGAUCCAUCACCCACGUCGUCUGGUGUGGAUUCAGGAGAACAUUCCCCUGUCUCACAGGAAAACAUGAAGAACAACAAGAGCAUUCGCAAACUCUGGGGGAAAAUCAGGAGGACGCAGUCGGGAGGUCUGGCGUCAGGUGAUGAUCUGGAGCCCACUGAGUUUAAGAGAGGAGGAUUUAGAGCCACAGCUGGACCACGUCUGGCUCGAACCCCUGACUCGGGCCGCGCUGUUCGAGACAUGACGGUCCCGUUCUGCAACUGGACCACGGAGCAGGUGUGCGGUUGGCUGGAGGACUUUGGGCUUGGUCAGUACGUCAGCUUGGCACGUCAGUGGGUGAUCAAUGGGCAGACCCUCCUCUCCGCCACGCCGCAGGAAUUUGAGAAGGAGAUGGGAAUCAAACAUCCGCUACACAGAAAGAAACUACAGUUGGCUCUCAGAUCAUUCAACAACAGGGCGAUGGAGAAAUCCUCGGAGCUCGAUCACAUCUGGGUCACACGCUGGUUGGAUGACAUCGGCUUGCCCCAGUAUAAAGACCAGUUCUAUGAGAGCAGAGUGGAUGGCAGGGUGCUCCAGUAUCUCACUGUGAACGACCUUCUGUUCCUGAAGGUCACCAGUCAGCUCCAUCAUCUCAGCAUCAAGUGCGCCAUCCACGUCCUUCACGUGAACAAGUUCAACCCGCACUGCCUGAGGCGCAGACCAGGAGACGAGAAUAAAACCUCUCCGUCUGAGGUGGUGCAGUGGUCUAAUCACCGCGUGAUGGAGUGGCUGCGCUCGGUGGACUUGGCUGAAUACGCUCCUAAUCUCAGAGGCAGCGGCGUGCACGGAGGCCUCAUAAUCCUGGAGCCUCGGUUUACCUCGGAGACGUUGGCCAUGUUGCUGAACAUCCCUCCUCAGAAAACCCUGCUCAGACGCCAUUUAGCCACCAACUUCAGCAGUCUGGUCGGAGUUCAGGCUCAGCAGGAGAAACGCGAGUACGCCAACGCCAGCGGGCACACGCCGCUCACCACCACCGCUAAAGUCCGGCCAAAGAAGCUCAGCUUCUCCAACUUCAGCCACCUGAGGAAGCGGAGACCUGAUGAAUCAGCAGACUAUAUUUGCCCAGUAGAAAUGGGAAGCUCACUGGUUUUAAAUGGUGCGACCCACCAGCUCUAGCAAACACUUCAAUACUCCUGCAGCUUUUAGCUUCUUCUGGACUCAGACAGACUGGAUUUAAUGGAGAUCACCUGAUCAUGGACGUCCUAAUCUUCUCUCUUACGGUGAUCGGUUUGUUCAUCUUCUUCACUCGGAUGGACAGCGCAGCUCAAACCCUCGCCCAGACUGAAGGAUCCCUGCUCAAUAAUCCCGAUUUGCUCAUACAUGUCCGCCUUUUUGUCAUGUCGCUGUAACGAAUCAUCAACACGUCAACUCAUCAAUGCUUAACGCUUUCCAUAA